AUGGAGGUCACAGACGCCCGGUGCCCCCCCCUGCCUCCGCCCCCCCACUCGACUAUCCAGGAGAACAGUAACAGUCUGAAGGCUGGAGGGACCGUCACCUACUCCUGCGAAACGGGUUAUCUGCUGGUCGGAGAAGCGACUCUCUCCUGUCAGCUGGGCGGGUCUUGGAGUGCCAGUCAGCCAUCUUGUUUGUUUACCGACUGCGGGUUGCCCUCUCAACCUACUAACGGCCAGACCAUUCUACUUAACAAGACGACUACUUACGGCUCUCAAGUUACUUACGAGUGUGGCCCAAACUUCUGGUUGAGUGGCAGUGAGGUCAGGUCAUGUGGAAGUGACGGAAAGUGGACCGGAAGUGACCCCGAGUGUGUGUUGAUCACUUGCGGGGAGCCUGAAGUGCCUGCUGGAGGAUUCGUCACUGGCUACAGUUUCCAAGUCGGCUCUGAGGUCCAAUACUUCUGUGAUGAGGGCCACAGAUUAGAGCGAGGAAUUAAAGCGAGCCUCAUAUUAGAGCGAGAGCGAGAGAGAGAGAGCGAGGACGACUUCAACGGCCACCUGGAGGAACUGAGCGAGAGUGAGCGAGGAUUAGAGCGAGUAGAGCGAGGAUUAGAGCGAGUAGAGCGAGAAAUUGAGCGAGACAACCCUGUGUACGUCAGAACAUGUGCACACGACGGCCUGUGGUCUGGAGCUGUGCCUGUGUGCGUGUACACAGACUGCGGCCGUGUACAAGCGGUCCCCAAGGCGGCUAUUGCGUACACGGACGACAAAACGCACAUGGGCGGUGAAGUUACGUACACGUGUGCACAUGGCUACCGGCUCAAGGGAAACGCACAUAGGAAGUGUACACGGGAAGGGGUUUGGAGUGGAAGCAACCCGGUCUGUGAAGAGAUUAGAUGCCCCGCCCCCCCCGAGGACGACCCCAAACUUGCCUCGUCCCAGCCCGGCCUCGCUUCGUCUCGGCUCAAACUGAUCUCGGGGAAUGACCGCCGACUCCCCUCGCUCUAUGGCAGAAGGAGAGGGAGGGGGAAAGAGAGAGAGAACGAGAGCUACAGGGUUGGCAGUGUGGCGACCUACGAGUGCCCCAAGGGAUAUGUUGUCAAUACUACUUCUACUACUACUACUACCCCGACUACUGAUACUACUUCUACUACUACUACUACUAUUUCUACCGCUGCUACUACCGCUGCCCUGCUGACCUGUAGUAGUAAUGGGACUUGGUCUGGUCCUGUUCCUGCUUGCUCUUAUGUGGACUGUGGACUACCGGAGAAGAUAGUCAGCGGGUACUAUCGCCUCUUAAGUAACACCACACACUUCGGCUCGCAAGUGGCGUACGAGUGUGUCCCUAACUACAAGGUCCAAGGGAGGAUUAGGAGACACUGCCUAGCCAAUGGUACUUGGGCUGGUGACUCUCCGCUGUGUGAAGAAGUCCGAUGUCCCAACCUCACUACAACGCUGACUACAGCCUUAAGUGUGGUAGUGGAGGAUAGUGGCAGAGUGGAGGCUACAGCGGACUAUUCCUGCGAGAAGGGGAGGAGGAUAGUCGGGAAUAGUCAGCGGAAGUGUGGUAGUAAUGGUAUCUGGAGUGGCAGUCAACCGCGCUGUGAAUAUGUGACCUGCGACCUACCACAAGGCUUGGAUAAUGGUAGGAUAGUCCGACUCAACCAGACCCUGGAAUACGGUAGCCUGGUCGAAUAUCACUGUCUACCGGAACACAGGCUGGUCGGGGGGAGCUUCCGGAGGUCGUGCGGCGAGCUGGGCGAGUGGUUGGGUGGAGAACCGAAGUGUGUGUUGGGUCCAGAGGAUGCCUACAACACCAUAGGCUCCGAUAGUAGUAGUAGUAGUAGUGUGAGUACUACUUCUACCGCUAGCAACACCGGGCUCUACAUCGGACUAUUCUUCGGGCUCAUCCUGGCGAUAGUCUUCAUAGGAGUGCUAGUCUACUUCAGAAUGAAGCAGCGGAGAGAAGGAGGAGGAGGAGGAGGAGGAGAAUGGAAGGGAGGAAGAGGAGGAGGAGGAGGAGGAGGAGAUGAGAGACCUCCCCUCCCCCCCCCAAAUGACCAGAAGACCACUCCUACCAUGACCUAUUCAAGCCUGACCGACCCCAUUACAGGGAACAACAUUUAUGAAAACAUUGAAGAGGAGGAAGACGAAGAGGAGGAGGAGGCGAGGAGGAGGAGGAGGAGGAACGACUACAAUAACUACUACCACAACAACAACAACAACAACAACCAUCACUACCAAAACACUGAGGAAAUUGACCCAUCUACUCCAUCUACCACUACCCCUGUCUAA